AUGGCGGCUGCCACGAGUAAAACAUGUGAAUUUAGUGUGAUUCCCUUAAAAGUGAAUGAAACGAGUGUAGCUAUUCAUUAUUUAUUUUACAAACAGCAUCGUGUGAGAGAGCAAUUAGAAUCUAAACCAACAGAUCGAACUUUAUUUGUCGUUAAUGUCCCGCCAUACUGUGGCCAUCAAAGUCUAAAAUCCAUUUUUUCGAAAUGCGGUUCCAUAGAGAGAAUUAUCAUUCAUCAAAAACCGACUCUCGGCAAUGAAGAAAAGCCGGAUUCAAAAUAUUUUCCGAAGGAUAAACCGAUUGAAGGAUUUUGUAUUGCUUAUAUCGUGUUUAAAAAGAGUUCUGCUUUAAAAAAGUGUCAUGUCUUAGAAGAAAGUUCUCCCUGUUGUCUCCCAUCAGAUCGACGUUUGAAAGUUGGCAUCGAGAAAUGGUGUACAGAAUAUAAUAAUAAUAUUCCAAACAUUGAAGAAUUACAGAAAGAAAUUGAUGUCUAUAUGCAACAAUACGAUGAAAAAGUUGAAAAAGAAAAGCAAGAAGCAAUAGAAAUGGAAGGUGUUGCUGAUGAAGAAGGUUGGAUAACUGUGUCAAAACAUAGUAAAAAACCAGUGAUAAGAAGGACUGAAGUUAAUGAGAAGAAAAUAACUGCAAAAGAACGGAAAAAGCGUUCCAAGAAAAACUUGCUUAAUUUUUAUACAUUUCAAAUUCGUGAAUCUAAGAUGAAACAUAUUGAAGAAUUACGAAAAAAAUUUGAAGAAGACAAAAGAAGGAUUGAAUUAAUGAAAUCUAAAAGAAAAUUUAAACCCUUUUAAAUUAUUUUGUG